UUUCAGAUGAUCAUGCACCUCAAUGCAAUUGCACAACAACAACUCUCUGUUCGAUAUUUUCUCAAGGAAUAUAUUAUCUAUACCCCUUUAAUAUAGAGUACCACAUCCUAGCAUCCACGAUGCUCUAUGUCCUGUGGAAGAACAUCGGCCGCAAAGUCGAGCACCACCAACAGCACAAAACUCCAUUCAAAUUCCACGGCAUAACUAUUGGAAUGAUUUUUGGACUAAUUGUGUUAACUAGCACGAUAGCCGUAGUUGUUGUGUAUUUAAUUCAGAUUGGACGUUCAAAAAUCAAAAGUGAGUUAGCACUUACUAUGUUUUAUUUGCAUGCCAUCUUUGUGUUGGCCCUGAUGUGUACAGCUGGAAUCGUCGCCCUUCUCAUCUACAGACUGGAAGAUAGAUCGUUGGAUAAUUCAAAAAAUCCCGCUCGAAAACUUGAUGCAGAACUGCUGGUGGGCACGGCUGCAGGGUCCUGGCUCCUCUCCUGGGGCUCGAUCCUCGCCAUUAUCUGUGCCCAGGCUCAUCCAAAAUACACAUGGUAUAACCUGCCCUACUCCGUCCUGGUUAUUAUUGAGAAAUAUAUUCAGAACCUCUUUAUCAUUGAAUCCAUACAUCGUGAGCAGGAAAAGGUGAACGAUGAUAUUAAAACUCUUCGAAUAGUGACUAUAUCUCGGGGGAGCACUUUAUCACUUACCCCCUCGUACAAAGAGAUUUACAAUGGCAGAGCCGCUC